CGGCGGCACUCACAGCCAGGCGGAGCAACACCUUCAUCCAUCCAGCAGCCCAGAGUGAAGGAGGAGGACAGAGAGGCGAGCUGAGAAGGCCACCAGAUGUGAGCCGGACUACGCACCACACCAGACGCCGCUGAAAAACACUGACAACUUCUUUGCUCCGCGAAAAUGUGGCAACCCGCGUCGGAAAGACUGCAGCACUUUCAAACUAUGCUCAAGACCAAGCUAAAUGUGUUGACGUUGAGGAAGGAGCCAUUGCCCACAGUGAUCUUUCAUGAACCAGAGGCCAUCGAGUUAUGCUCCACCACGCCAGUCGCAAAGAGCAGGACCCAUACUGGAUACAAGGUGAACUAUCUGGGGAAGGUGACUAUCUCUGGGAGCCAGUUCUUGUCAGGCUGCACAGAGGGAGCAGUGGUGGGGCUGGUGGAGCACAGAGCCAUUGCUCAGCAGCAGGGGACAUGCCCCAAAGGUAGCUCUGUGCUGGAGAUCCGACCCUUCCAAGUACGCCUCCUUCACCUGGAUGAGCACGGAGAAGCCUCAUCAAACAUGGACACAUACCAGGUGGCACGAAUCGCCUACUGCACGGCUGACCACAGCGUCAGACCCAAUGUGUUUGCAUGGAUCUAUAGAGAGAUCAACGACGACCUGUCCUUCCAGAUGGACUGCCACGCCGUUGAGUGUGAAAACAAGCUAGAGGCCAAGAGACUGGCCCACUCCAUGAUGGAGGCCUUCCGCAAGACCUUCCACAGCAUGCGCAGCGAUGGGCGCAUUCACAAGAGCGGCUCCACGGACGACUUCACUGAAGACUCAUCCACUCCUGAAGACACCACUCCAGACGACGGCUGAAGGACUGAAUGCAAACCUCUCCUCCCAGUCCUGAUCCAAGGAUGGACAGAUCUCAUUCUCCUCUAGUCUCUUUCUCUUUCAUUUGGAACACAAAUCAACUGACCCUGUGAACCACCAUGCCCAGGUUAAUGAAGUAGCUCUGAAACAAAGGGAAGGUUGAUGAUAAAGUGACAUUUACAAACGUGAAUAGCAAAGUGCUGCCAUUUGAAUCAAAUGCCCUCAAAGGCCCACGAGGGCAUCUCAAGCACCUCCUGAGAUUGACUAGACAUUUCCAUUACUCCCUGAACAGACACACUUUGUGGUUCUUAAGCUUUUUCAUUUACGGAACUACAAAUGUGGUUCCUGUUAAGACCUUAGCUCAUGAAACCGAAUGCUACUCUUGCCAUGUGUGGACCCAGCUUAAAUAAGACUGUGACUUAUUUUGGGUUCCAUCUCCAGAGUUCCUACCACACUGGAGCACAUUAGUUCUCUUAUAAAUGAAUGGAUCUCUGUUACAAUGCCUUUGACCUUGAUAAUAAGUAACAAAUGUGGAUACAACUUAAAGCACUAUUCAUAUCACUAUGGUACUACCCAAGACUGAGGUAGAGGCAUUCCCUGUGUCUCUACUGAAUACAGAAAGUACAGAGCACCUGCCUGGAGAAAGGUGCUCAAAAAGAAUUAGGUUUUGGCUGAAGGUUUGGUCUGUCUGCACAUCUCAAUCAUUCACAUUCUGUUAGUAUACCAAAUCCGGGCUGUUUUUUGCAGCCUGCCAGAUUAUGUGCCUCACUUUCCUCUCACAUUACGUAUUUUUAACCCUGGUCUCAUCAAAUACAUGCGGCCAAGUACUUGUGUUAUUCGUGUGCGUGGUAGCUUCCUUCUGCACGGUUGGCGUAUUGUAUAUGAAUGUACAUGAGUGCUUGGAUAUCGGCGUGUGACUGAUGAGUAUGUUUGGUUCAGGAAACUUGUUCAAAAGAUGUUCAAAAGUCAAGGUACUGUGACCAUACUGCCACCUUAUAAGUUCUUUUUAACUUAGGGAGAAAGAUGCAAAGUUGGUGAGGCAGGGUUGUAGCUGCCAUUGUAUUUGAUGGUAAAUAACAGCCAUCCAAGGCAACUGACAAAGCUUUUGAAUGCACUAUACACUAGUUAUAGUGGCUUAGGGAGGCAGCAGAUAGUGACCAAGGAGCAUUGAUACAACUGCUCCACACCACUUUUUUCCUUUUAACUUGACCAGACAGAACUGUGAUCAUCGUGGCCAUAGGCAGUUCGCAGUGAAGCAAAGGAUCAGUUAAUGCCUAAUGAAAACCUUAUGUGGAUCCAGAUGUCAACUAACUCUAACCCAUAUUAAUAUCAUUGCUUGAAAAUCCUUAUAUCAUAUACGGUACAACAUAUGUUUCAUAUUGUAUGUAAAAACAGUGGUGCCAAAAUGCUAGCAAGAACGUCCAGUUUGGAGUUAGCAUGUUCCAUGUGUUGGUCCUCAGGGUGGUUUCUUCAGUCACCUUGAAAAACAGGUUGAGUCUUAAUUUAAUGACCAUUAUACUUAUAAUGCAGUCGAUUGUUAAGACAGUUAACAGUCUAAGUACAGUAAGCUUGAAUUUGAAUUAUUUUUAAUGUCCAACUAUUACCAUACACACACAAACUUUGACUCUUACGAGCAAUUUCUUAUAUCCAUUAUUUCUUAGUUCUUAAUAUUUGACAUGUAUGCUAAUCAUAGAUGCUAACGCUAAAGUUGACUGUAAAGAUUGGGAAUAGUUGUGAUAUUUGAAGAGUUAUUUUCUUUUUAUGUCUCAUUUGCACCGUACAUUUCAGUGAUCAUUUAAAGUUACAUACAGACUUCUGACAUCUGUAGCCACACAGGGCUCAUGUAGUUAACUCCUCUUUGUUGGUCCACUUACACUGCCCAUAUGUUAGGCUCCAGAUUACAUAAUAAUAGACCUGACUUAAAUACAGUAUUGAACUAGGGUACGUCACAGAGUAGUACGCAAAGACAUAUUUAAUUCUUCGUUGAUAAGCUUAUUUACAAAUCCAGAUGUAAUCACUUUCCAAGUACAGUAUAGAAAAGAAUAGUUAUAUAACAAAUGAUAGAACAUAGAACAACCAUAGUACGAUACAGAGCAGUGUUAUGAAGCCUACUGUGAAAUAAGAAUAGCCUGAAAGUGGUGUCUGCAUGUGUGUGUUUGUGUGUGUGUAUGGGGUGGAUUGUAUGUGAGUGUGACUGAUGAGUGAGGAGUGUGCGUGGACAGGCCAGAGAUAAGUUUUUAUAAAGCUGUAUAUUACUGUGUCUUGUCUGUCGGAAAGCUUGGAUGCGCUUUAAAUGUUCAAAUGUUACCUUAAGUGUUUUCUAUACAGUGUUUGCAGAGAUCAAGAAAAUUGCAUAUAAAGUACCUAUCAAAUGC